AUGACAGAGUGGUAUACCAAAGAAUUGUUGGAACCCAACCAGGAAUUGACCUGGGAGUUACUAGACAUGUUCAACACCCAUAAAUCAGAUGAGCUGAGUGGGUUUGUGGAUAAUCUAUUUAAUUCUCCUGAAGUUAUUGGUCGUACAACUUUUAGAUUCAAAAGAUCAGGUAUUGAAGGAACUAUUGAUAAUUAUAAAGAAGAAGUCAAGAUAAGUGAAAUAGAUAACGCCACAUCAAGUAAUUCAUUACUGAUAACGAGAAAGUUCAACAACAAGUCGGAUGCCCUUAAAGGAAAGACCAGUUAUUUACCUUUCCAGCCAGGUGGAUUAGUUGACUCCAACAGAAUCAAUCAACAGAAAGAUGAAACUGCCUUUUUACACAAAGAUGAACAUGGUCUUUUUGAUAUUCCUCAAGGUUUCACCCGAGGCUUGCAACUUGAAGCUUUAAUUGACGAUGAAGUGAUGGAUAGUGUAGAAGUUGAAGAAGAAUCUAAAGACCAAGAGAUAUCUCCAGAAACGGUAACGAAACCAAAGAUAGAUUUGACCAACCUUGAUUCUAACACGGGAAGUUCUAAUUUGCCGUUUGAUGUCAAUGAAAUCGACGGAAUCGUUCCUAUUGAUUAUUCUUCAAUCCGUAAAGAAAUGGCAGCAGAAAAAGAGUUCAAGAAAGAUUGGGCACAUGUGGUUGAUUUGGAUCAUAAGAUAGAGAAUUUCGAAGAAAUAGUACCCAAUAUGGCAAGAAAAUGGCCCUUUGAGUUGGAUACUUUCCAACAAGAAGCAGUGUAUCAUUUAGAACAAGGGGAUUCAGUGUUUGUGGCUGCUCAUACAUCUGCUGGUAAAACUGUAGUAGCUGAAUAUGCCAUUGCUAUGGCCAAUAGAAAUAUGACUAAAGCCAUUUAUACUUCACCUAUUAAGGCUUUAUCGAAUCAAAAAUUCAGAGAUUUCAAGGAAACUUUCAAAGAAAUCGAUGUAGGGUUGAUUACAGGUGAUGUUCAGAUCAACCCUGAAGCUAAUUGUUUGAUCAUGACUACAGAGAUCUUAAGAUCGAUGUUAUAUCGAGGAGCUGAUUUGAUCCGUGAUGUUGAAUUUGUAAUUUUCGAUGAAGUUCAUUAUGUUAAUGAUAUUGAUAGAGGUGUGGUAUGGGAAGAAGUUAUUAUCAUGUUACCUGAUCAUAUUAAGUAUAUUUUAUUAUCAGCCACUGUGCCCAACACUUUUGAGUUCGCUAAUUGGGUGGGUAGAACCAAACAAAAGGAUAUAUAUGUUAUCUCAACCCCCAAAAGACCCGUUCCUUUGGAAAUUAACAUCUGGGCUAAGAAUGAUUUGUUCAAAGUCAUUGAUGCUACGAGAAAGUUCCUGGAAAUUGAAUUCAGAAAACAUAAAGAUGCAUUAGAAGCAGGUAAAAAGGAUCCUCCCAAAGUAACUAUGGGUUAUGGAUCAAGAGGUGGAAGGGGUGGAAGUGCUAGAGGUGGAAAUCGUGGAGGUGCGGUUACUAGAGGUGGUGCAGGUGGUGGAAGAGGUGGAAGAGGUGGUUCUAAUUUUAAUAAGAAUUUCAUCAGUAGAGACGGACCAAAUAAGAAUACCUGGUCUCAAUUAGUUCAAUACCUUAAAAAUCAUACUCUUUUACCAGCAGUUAUUUUCGUGUUCUCCAAGAAGAAAUGUGAAGAAUAUGCUGAUACCUUAAGAGGAGUGGAUUUCUGUACUGCUAAGGAAAAAUCUGAAAUCCAUAUGUUCAUCGAUCGAGCUGUUUCCAGAUUAAAGAAGGAAGAUAGAGAAUUACCCCAGAUUUUGAAGAUCAGAGAAAUGUUAAGUAGAGGUAUUGCUGUUCAUCAUGGAGGUCUUUUACCUAUUGUCAAAGAAUGUAUUGAAAUUCUUUUUGCUAGAACUUUAGUUAAAGUGCUUUUCGCUACUGAAACAUUUGCUAUGGGAUUGAAUUUACCUACUAGAACCGUUGUGUUCAAUAAUGUCAGGAAACAUGAUGGACAAAAAUUUAGAAAUUUGUUACCGGGAGAAUUCACUCAAAUGGCUGGAAGAGCUGGUAGAAGAGGUUUGGAUUCUACCGGUACAGUUAUAGUUAUGAGUUAUAAUGAACCUUUACAACAAGGAGAUUUCAAAGAAGUUACUUUGGGAACCCCCACCAAAUUGAUUUCCCAAUUCAGACUUACCUAUAAUAUGAUUUUGAACUUACUCAGAAUUGAAGCUUUGAGAGUGGAAGAAAUGAUCAAACAUUCUUUCAGUGAAAACAGUACUCAAACCUUAUUACCUGAACAUCAGAAAACUGUCGAAGCUUUGACUGAACAACUUUCAGAAUGCACUAUAGAUGAUUGUGAUCAUUGUGAGUAUCGGGAUAUUUCUUCCUUAUACGACCAAAUCAUGGAAUAUGAGGAAUUAGGAGGUCAAAUAGUUGAAGAGAUUCAAGCAUCACCUUUAUUAAGAAACACUUACCUUAAAAUUGGGAAAUUGAUAUGUUACAAAGAUGAACAAGAUUCUACCAGAUGUGGUUUCAUCAUACGUUCAGAUUUUGCUACCAAUUCCUUAUUGGUGAUGACUUUCAAUCAUGGCUCUGAAUUCACUGCCGAUGCUCAACAAUCUAAAUUACCAUACAUUCCUUCUAGAAGUUAUUUGAAGAAGUUCUUCAAGAAGAUUAAGUACCAAGGAGAUCUUGAGGUCACUUCUGUACCUUUCCCCAAAGUCACGUUUUUAUCUAGAUACGGAUUGAAGAGUAGAAUGAAAGAUAUUCUCCAAAACCAACCUGAUGCCAUUCAAGACACUAAUGAGCAAAUCAAGGUUGUUACACAAUUUUUCAGUAAAUGGGAACAAGUUCCACUUUCUCAAGUCACCCAAUUGACCUUACAUGAGAAGUUAGACCGUCAAAAACAACUCUUGGAAAUCAUCCAGAGCAACAAAUGUUUAUUAUGUGAUCACUUCAAAACCCAUUUCCUUCAAUUACAUCAAAGAAAUACCAUUGAAAUCAAAAUCGAUGCAUUACAAAAACUUAUCUCUGAUGAAAAUCUUGAAUUAUUACCAGAUUAUGAACAGAGACUUACUAUACUUGAGAAUUUGGGAUUCAUUGAUGCCAAACAUAAUGUGAUGUUGAAGGGAAGAGUGGCUUGUGAAAUUAACUCCGGAUGGGAAUUAAUCAUUACUGAAUUAGUUUUGGACAAUUUCUUAGGAGAUUUCGAACCAGAAGAAAUCGUUGCCUUGUUAUCAAGUUUCGUCUAUGAAGGUAGAACCAAUGAAGAAGAAGACUUACCGUUAACUCCAAGAUUAGAGAGAGGGAAGAAGAAAAUCCUUGAAAUUACUGAUGAAUUAACCAAAGUAUUUAUCUCCCACAAGAUCUUGUUAACAUCGGAAGAAGAAGAAUUCACCACUAGAAAGAGGUUCGCUUUGAUGAACGUGGUUUAUGAAUGGGCUAGAGGUAUGUCGUUCAAUGAGAUUAUGGAAAUCAGUCUGGAAGCUGAAGGUACCAUUGUUAGAGUCAUAACCAGAUUGGAUGAGAUCUGUAGAGAAGUUAAGAAUGCUGCAUUGAUUAUAGGUGACUCCACAUUACAUUCGAAAAUGAGUCAAGCUCAAGAAAGAAUCAAAAGAGAUAUUGUUUUCUGUGGUUCUUUAUAUUUAUAA